AUAAGCAAAAUAAAAUAUCGGGCAUCUUCCAAAGAGAAAAGAAGAUAGCUACGCUGAGGCAGGGAGGGAGAAGUAACUGAUAUAGUUUUUAGGACAAAAAUGGCUACUUCGGAAUCUCCAAAUUCUUCUGCUGAAUCCGAUAUUGAAACAAACCCUAAUCCCAAUUCUUCAAAAGCUAUAAUCCCAACUCCGUCCAAUUCCAAUUCCCCUGCCGUAUGCCUCUUCCAAUUCGCGGGAGACUCUGCCGCCGGUGCCUUCAUGGGCUCCAUCUUUGGCUACGGUUCGGGAUUGAUUAAAAAGAAAGGCUUUAAAGGAUCUUUUGUGGAAGCAGGAUCUUGUGCCAAGACGUUUGCAGUUUUGUCUGGCGUACACAGUUUGGUUGAUUGCUUUCUGAAGAGGCUGCGGGGAAAAGAUGAUGUUAUUAAUGCUGGUGUAGCCGGAUGUUGCACUGGACUUGCUCUAAGUUUCCCAGGUGCACCCCAGGCACUUCUACAGAGCUGUCUCACCUUUGGGGCCUUCUCAUUUGUCAUCGAAGGGCUUAACAAACAGCAGCCAGCGCUGGCACAUUCGUUUUUUGCGAGAAACGAGAACGCGCACCACAAGGGUCCUCAUCCUUUAGCACUGCCGCUCUCGAUCCCUCUUCCAGAUGAGGUGAAAGGAGCAUUUUGUUCGUUCUGCAAGUCCUUGGUAAAAUCCAAAUGAAGGUUUCCUACAGGGCAUUUUUAUUUUUGCCGUCAUUUGUAGAAUUUUGCAUGUGUUUGAGAAUUGAAGGUUUUGCUAGCAUAAAUAUGAAAUUGCUUC